AAUGAACGAAUCACUCUUUGAGACGAAUCGUUCUUCUGAGUCACAUUAAAGACUCGUUUAGAAUCAAGGAAUCGUUCAUAACCGACUCAUCACUACUCUGCAUCAUCAGUAAUGAGCUCCGGGAGAAACUCCGUGUUCCAGGUGGAGGAUGAAGACCCUCUGCCGGGAUGGAGCGACUGUAAGACCCCUGUAACGCUCCAUCAACACUUUAAUCUCAUAAGGAGCACGAGACUGAGAGGAACCACCACAUCCAGAGUCCACCCACAUCCAGCUCAAGAUCCAGCUGUGGAGGAGAAACCAGCUGCAGCUCAAGAUCCAGCUGUGGAGGAGAAACCAGCUGCAGCUCAAGAUCCAGCUGUGGAGGAGAAACCAGCUGCAGCUCAAGUUCCAGCUGUGGAGGAGAAACCAGCUGCAGCUCAAGUUCCAGCUGUGGAGAAGAAACCAGCUGCAGCUCAAGUUCCAGCUGUGGAGGUGAAACCAGCACAAGUUUAAAAUUCAGUUAAAGCUCCUUCAGCAUCUGCUGGUAGUCAAAGUCCAUCUCCUUCAGCCACUGAUUCAUCUGCAUCCAGUCCUGCUGUUUCUUCCAGUUCUGCUCCUUUAACCAUUUCUUCCUGGUGUUUUGAGUCACUCAGAGACUUGAUAUUAUUUUACAGUUUAUAAAUAUUGUUUGCUAAUAUUAUAUAGUUGUGUUAUGAUUCUACUUUUAUGGAUUAAUUAUUUUUAUCUAUUGUUUAUUAUUAGGUUGUUUUUUUAAACCCACUUUGGAACUUUUUAAUCAUAAAUGUUUAUAUUUAUUGUUAUAUACCCCUUACUAAUAUAUACAUCAUUUAGAAAUAGUAUUUGUAUCUUUGUGUGUUUGCAUUAUUAUAAUUUAUCAUGUGACAUUUUUGUAGCAUUUUCAGUAAUUAAAAAUAAAAUGUU